ACUACUCCGGUGUGGAAAGCUGACCUUCGGUGCACUCCAAAGAAGAAAGCUCGGCCAUGGAGGAGACGCUCACCUGCAGUCGAAGCCCUUUCUCUCAGGUGUUUGGGCGCCAGGGUCAGCUGAUGCAAGCCAAACCAUGCCUAAAUAUAAGAGCAGUGUCCGUUGUAAGACCAAAAAAAUAAAAGUAACUCGGAAAACCAUCGGUGCUCGGGCGAAAUAUUCCUACAUUCCCUCACAUGCAGGCUCAUCUGAUACCAACACUGUUUUUCCCUCAUCACAUGAUAUUUGUACUGAAAACUCAAAGGAAGAAGGGACCGCGUAUACCAGGGCAAAAAGGAAGGAGCUGAGCCUAUGGGAUACACUAAAAGAUCAGGUCUUGGAAGAGUCCUAUAAGUCCUCCGCUCCUUUCUCUGACAUGUGCUCUGUGUGCAAGAAACCUGGAGUAUACCGCUGUCUGGAAUGCAGCAGAAGCAGUGUUUUUUGCAAGGAUUGUGUCUACACAGUACCCAUAAAUUCUUUGCACCUCCCUGAAAAGUGGAAUAAAACCUGCUAUGAGGCUGCUUUCCAGCAGUUGGUGUUGCAUUUAAGUGGGGAUCACAGUACCCAUGUUGUUUACUCCAGAGAUGUAAAGACUUUUGUCAACACAGGUCAUCUCAUUAAUUGCACAGUUUCUUUUUGUAAAUGCGAACCUGAGGUCUGCACUCUUCUGAAGUAUGGCCUUUGGCCUGCUUCACCGGAGAAGCCACAGGCUGCUUUUUCAAUGGCUCUUCUUGAGCUAUUUGUCCAUCUUUCUUUGGAGUGCCAGGUCUCUGUAGAGGGAUUCAUCAACACCUUACGGUGGAAAAACAAUCUUACUGUUAUGGAGGUUAAUAUGCUGUACAGAGCCCUAGUAGGAGAGUCUAUUUCCCAGUUUCGCCAUUAUCACUUCCGACGAAGAGAUUGUUCCAAGAUGGAAGAGGAACUAUGUGAUGAAGCUGACCGAAAUCAACCAGCUCAGAUCCGGAUCACAUAAACAGGAGUCACUCAUUGAAGAUGAAUCACAGCUGGACAGGGAUCUUCGAAUAAUUGAGAGACACCAUGGUGUAAAACGAAGGUGGCUCCCUUCGGAUGACAUUUUCCAGAGAACACUGAGAGAUGUUGACCAGGAACUUAGAGGUCAGCUGAUACGACGAGCACAAAAUGAAGCAAGGGAGAGGACCACUCUUCUCAACCUGAAAAGAAGAUAUAAUGAUGGACAGGGAGUUGCUUUAAGGCUGUCCAAGCAAGUGAAUGCCUGUAACAGAAAACUGAAGAAGAUUGUUACAGAGUACAAUAAUCUGCAGUGGCCUCCACAAACUGGCAUCUUUCCAUCACAUUUAGAAUUUCGAGAAUUGUGUGAUGCCUCCUCCCAGCUGUACACAUUGUUUGAUGAACAAAUUGAAGAUCAUGGUGUUGUUCCAAAGAACCUAAAAAGUCGAGCAAUAGAAGCCCUGCAUUUGAAGACUAGAGCAGCUGAAGAAAAGCUUCUACUUAAGAGAGAGAUGAACACUGUCAUUCUUCACCUUCAUCAACAACAUGGACAUUUAAGUUCAGCUAUAAAUGAUACUGCAGAUCCUGGUUCAAAAGCUGUACUUCAUCAAAACAUUAUCAUGUUAGAAAAGAAAAUGUACAGUGCAAUGAACAUGUUCAAGAGGUUUAUUGAAGUUGGUGCCCCUCCUCCAAAUCAUCACCUACCAGAGUUUAACUCUCAUUCUCAAGCACUUAUGUCUCCAGAUCUACAUUACAUAGACUAUGAUGAAAGCAUUGACGAUGGAGAGGAUGAAGAGGAUGAUGACGACAAUGUUGACGAAGGAGAGAACAGCAUAGAUUGUGAAUCAUCUUCAUGAUUUAUGGCCACUUACUGUCCUAUGUGAAGAGCACAUAUUCCAGUAUAAAAAGUUUAUUGUUUGAUGAUUUUCAUAUAAGCUUUUUGUUCUAACAUCUCAGUUUAUUGCUUUUGAUAUUGUUGAGACAUAUCUGUUUUUUAAGUCAAGCUAUAUAUAAUCAAGGGCAUUUUAGUUUUACUCAUUACAGCUUUGUACUGUUAAUGUUCUUGUUCAGUAUGACAUUGUUAAUGACUAAACUUCAUUUACAGUUUGAAUUUAACUCUUAAUUUUGAGAUGCUGCAUAAUGUGCUUUACAUAAUAUCUUUAAAUUUGGGCACAACAACGAAAUAACUAAAACGUAGUGGACAAAAAUUUUGUGAUGUUCAUAUUUGAGAAAUAUUUGACUGUUAUCCAAGAAUUACAUUAUUUUGAAGGGCACUACUCUGUAUUAAAAAUUCAUUAAGAGCUA